AUGGCUGAGAUCCCUGAGGAUUACGUUUUCGGCGAGGAAGACGGUGAACUGCCCGAGACUCACGGACGCGAAACAGCCGAAGAAGGGGCUGAAUUUCUUAGCUUGCAUGAAAAUGUCGACCCAGAAACCUUGGCAGAAACAGGCCCAGAGCUACCCUCAGAGACUGACCAAGAGCUACAGCCAGACACCGAGGAAGAGGACUUAGAGGAGGAGCCCGAAAGUGCUAAGAAUGCGCAGCGAAAACCCAGUGGGACACCCGAGGGAGAAAAUCCCAAGGAGUCUGAGGUUGACCUAUCUAGCGAAACUGAUCCAGGGAUUCCCCAAGAAGUAAAGUCAGAGAUAAACGAAGAGAAAAGACAGAUUUCCAAAGAUGUGGAGGUCCCUGUGGAUGAAAAGGGUGAGAGGCCAGACCCAGAGCCACCAGGGGAGGCUAAGCCAAACGUAACAGAGGAUGUGCUCCUAGAGUCAGCUAUGGAAACAGAUACAGAGCCACCAACGGAAGCCGUGUCUGAGAUUUCAAGGUCCACAGUCAGGGAGAAAAGUUUAGAGUCACUAAAGAAGUCAGAACAGGAGGUUCCAGAGGAAUCACUCAGAGAGCAAGAUAAAGAAACAGGCGGAGACUCUCCAGAGCAGACCAAAUCAGAUUUUCCAAGUGAGAAACCAAGAAAAUCAGUUGAAGAAACAGAGGUACAGCCACCAAAGACAAUCAAACCAAAGGAAACACAAAGAGAGUCAACUGAGGAGAAAACAACAGAGUCACCUGCUGAACCAGAAUUCCAAGAGCAGAAACCAAGACAGUCUACUGAGGAGGCAGGGCUAGAGCUUCCAAAAGAGAGUAAACCAGAGUUAGGUGUAGAGCCUUCAGGAGAGACUAAACCAGAGAUUCCAGAGAUGAAAAGGUCUACUGAUGAGAAAGUUCCAAAGCCACUAGAAGAGGUCACAUCAGAAUUUCCUGAGGAAGAAUCAAGAAAACCAAUUGAAGAAACAAGUCUAAAGCAAUCAGAAAAAACUAAACCAGAAGUUCCAAAGAGAAGAAAAAAGUUAAGUAAAGAAAAAUUUCCAAAACUCCCAGAGACUGGUCUAGUGCUACCACAAGAGGUCAAACCAGAGAUUCAAGAGGAGACACAAAGAAAGCCAACUAAGGAGUAUAAUCUACAGUUACCAGAUGAAGCCAAACAAGGCAACAUAGGUGCAGUAUUAUCCAAGGAAGUCAGGCCAAAACAAGUCAAAUCUAAACAUUCUGCAUAUUGGAAUUAUCAACAGUACCCCAAGUAUCAAACAGGAGAUUUGUUUCUAAAAGAAACUGAAGAAGUAAAAAGCUAUUUUACACUCACAUCUCUCAAAGAAGGUACAAUAAGUUCAUUUGAAACAGAUUAUGAGUUUUCUCAGGAGCUCCAAAACCUGCUUACUGAAAUCAGUACACUUCCCACAGAGUCUCAAACAAAAUUAAGAGAAUCCGUUGGUGAAAAAAAAGUUGAAGACUUUUCCCAAAAGUCAAAGCAAGAUAAAACCCGGCCAAAAAUAAAGACUAAGUUAAAAUUUGACCAUCUUGAUUGGGACCCAGAGAAAGUUGCAGAGUGGAUUAGCCAGCUAGGGUUCCCUCAAUACAAGGAGUGUUUUAUUGCAAACUUCAUCAAUGGCAGAAAACUCAUCCAUGUAAACUGCUCAAACCUUCCUCAGAUAGGGAUAACAGAUUUUGAGGACAUGAAGGUAAUUUCUCAGCAUACGCGGGAGCUACUAGGAAUUGAAGAGCCAUUAUUCAAACGCAGCAUCUGUCUUCCCUAUAGGGACAAUAUUGGCUUAUUUUUAGAGCAAAAAGGUCAUAGUGGGAUAAAUUCUGAUUCCUUGACCUUACCUGAAUUUGUCAAAGCAGCAGGAUUAGAGGAUUAUGCUCCCCAGGCACCUUCCCCUGAAGAGGAUGAGGCAUUACCUGACAGUGAACAAUAAGGGAAAGCCAUUUCACUUAGUUUGAAUGAUCAGACUAAAUUCCCUGGGG